GAAUUAAAGCUGUAUUGUCCGUGUAGCCUCCUUCUUUAAAAUGAAAAAUGUUGCAUAUUUUAUAAUAAAAGGCUUUUUCGGCCAGUAUAGCUUACCUUUUGAAGGACGUUGCAUGCAGUUGUCAUAGCAACCAAAACCGAGCUGAAGUUUCUCUACAUAAAAUCGAAGAAACUUUGAAAUGCUAAACCCUUCUGCAGACAUAACUGAUAGGAGCUCAAAAUGUGCACAGAACAAAGGAGAUACCAGAUGGAUUGCUUAUUUGAAUCCAGCCAGCUGUAAAAGGAAUAUAAAUCUUUUGGAACUUCUAAGACACAAGCAAAGGCUGAAGUUGUGGUGUGUCUGGGAGUAUGAGACUGGUGUAGGACACCAGACUCAAAAUGUUUGUGUUGACAACAGAGGACUGGUUCUUCCUGAGCUUCCUAGAUUCCAUCAAAGCUGUUUUCUUUUGAAAUGAACUGUUCAAGUGUUCAGAUGUGAAACACGUCAGAAUCCUCCCACUGGAGGGACGUCUUUGUUUGCGCGGAAAUAUUUUACUGAGCCUGUCACUGUCACAAUUAGCGACGUCUCUAAUGCUUUAUCCAUCCUCCUCUCCCAUCCUCCUCCUCAUUCUCCUCCUCCUCCUCCUUCUUCUGGGUCCCGGGGCGUGGAGCUACGAGGCUCCUGAGGAUAAGCAGGAUGCCUUUGCUAGAAAAGCCUGCCCUGCUUUCCUGACCUUCACCAACGCUGCCUUUCUGGCUGGAGUCACAGUGGAGGUGCCCUGCCGCUGCAAACCACAACAGAUCCAAUCAGUUGUCUGGUUCUUUCGGAAACAUUUGAGUGGCUCCAAGGAGACCAGAGCCUUGACAGAUCACCAUGGCAACCGCCUGCUUGACCCUGACAGUGUCCCUCACGGUGGCGGGCUGCGUAGUCGAUUCUCCAUCCGUCUCUUCAGCCUGCUGAUCUUCAGAGCAGAGCCUGCCGACUCGGGCAUCUACAUCUGCGGUUCUGUGCACAAGGACUUCUUCUAUGGUUACGACCUGGACAUCCAGGAGGCCCGAACACUCAGCUUCAUACGCAGGCUCCCUUCUGAAAGUAUCAGCCAGAAAAAUGAAGAAAGAAAAAGACUUGGCUCUACUAAGCCGCUGUACCAGGUCUUCACCAGCUUCAGGCCCUGGUCGGUCUGCGAUCGCUGCGGACUACCUGGAGAGCAAGUGCGUGUGGGACUGUGCUACGUCCACUCGCACUACCUGCACGUACGCUUCCGACGGGCCAAUCAGACAGUCACCUCCUGCGGCUCAGGAGCAGUGCUCAGGGCGUUUGGACGGCUGAGGCAAAGCAGCGUGGGGGCCAAGCUGGAGGUGAAAAGCUGUGAAGCAACUUGUGGAGAUCGAGCUUCUCAAUCCACCAAAAUCACUGCUUUGAUGGCAUUUCUUGGAUUGAAUUCUGCUUCACUGCCGGUGUUCUACCUGAAAGCUCCUACGGACCGUACCCUCACCCUGGGCUGUCCCGGGGCACGUCCCGACAUGGCCGUGGCCUGGGACAGAGGCUUUAAACCCGUCUAUCGAUCUGAACGCUGGGCAGGUCGUAACCUCAGCGACACGCCCCCCAGGCUGCACGUGGACACCGGACACAACUUGGUGUUUCAACCUGCAAAAACUCCAGACUCUGGUGUCUACUACUGCUGGCUGGAGGGUCACCGGGCUGCUGAGAUCCGUCUGCUGGUCUACGUCCAUCUGGGCCGGGGACAGUCAGUGACCUUACAUCCUGACUUCUGGGAAGCAAUGUUUUUUUUGUUGAGAUCUUAUGUCGGCAUGACAGCUCUGUUUUGCCUGCUGCUGUUGUUCAGAGCUGGAGUGAGACACAGAGACACCAGAGAAACACAUGACGAUUAAACCUAUUCAAUAUUAUUACUUAAAAAGCUGUUUUGAACUCGUUAUUUUACAAUAAGGAAAAAGUGGAAAGAUGUAUUCUUCUAAGGGAAUGUCAUUCAAUUCAUUCAACUUCCAUUCAUUAUCACAUGUCAGACCUUGAUGCAAUUCAUGAGUAUGUUGCAAAAAGUUGUGGAAUGAGCAGCUUUCACAUUAGAAAGAAAAAUAAAGGUCCGAGUUGUAAAUAAUUAUGAAAUGUAUAUUUCGUAAUUAGUAUAUAUUACACUUUUAUAUAUAAAAAAAUGUGUGAAAAUACCGUACACUCAUUUUUGUGUUUGUACUUCUUUGAUACGGAAGAGCAGAAUAGAUCAAUGACACGCGGUGAGUGUAACCAGUUCUGGAGAAGCACUUGCCGGUGUCGAAGUCUCUCUUGAAUGACUUUUCCCUGCAAUGACGCCAGAAGAGGGAUGAACAUUUCCGGGCUCUUGCUGUUCCACAGAGGGGCCAUCGUGUGUCCUCAACAAGACCUCUCCACCCUGAGAGCCGGAGGGAUGAAUACGCUUGUUCCUCCACAGCUGUGGCCCCCACUAUACUUUCAUUCCACCAUCCACUCUUCAUUGCUCAGCCUCUCUGAAUCGAGUAAAUAAAUCCCCAUACGA